AUGGCGCUCAAUCCACAAUUCAACGCCAAAAGCGAAAACACCCUCGCCUUUAUCAAUGUGAAACAGGACUUUGCACUUUUCAAAGUUGAGAUUCCCAAACCGUUUGAAGGAUUGGGAAAGGCACUCUCACACAAUCGUCGACAAAAUGCGGAGUCUGGGCCACAACACAGAGUAGCUCGCAGGCUCGGCGCCUUGUUCGAGCAGGUUAUUCCGAAUAUUGACGUUCUUUCUGCUGCUUAUGGGGAGCGGGUCUCAGAAAUUGCUACCUCGUCUCAGUUCGACCUGAGGAAUGUCGACCAUGGCCCAUUUUCCGGGCAUGUCGGAGUAGAUGGCACUUCUAUAUAUGCCGCGGUAUCCUCCGGCAAAAGUAUCAUCGCGCUGCAUCUGCUCGCCUGCAUGCUAGCUCGAAUGUUUUCCGGCGCCGAAGCAACAGCCAUCUGGGUGCAGCUUGUUGACUGUCGCCUGAAAGAAAUCCAGGAAGCCUCCGAGGCUUCCCAACUACAGGGUAUUGCAGCUCUGUAUGCUGCGGAACAGGGGCGCCAGAUACUGCGAGACGAUUUGGCGAGCUGGGAUGCCAGCGCACGCGCCUGGUUACAGACAGCCAAUGAAGCGAAGAAGCGCGAGGAUACGCAGUUGAAGCUUAUUGUUAGGAAUCUUCUCUCGAUACAUAAUUCCGGUACGACCUACUCCAACGUGAUAGAGAACUGGAUCGUGGCCAUGAAGACCUGCCAGAACUUGAUCCGCGGCGUGCCACAAGAUGUAACAAAUGGCGCAGUCCUCUUGGGACUCAUGUCCUGGCACAUCUACCCAGAUCUGAAUAUCUUCUGUCCAGACCGAUAUGUCGCAUUUAAUGACCGGCUCGUCAAAGCUGGAGGCGUCAUCACUCUUGGGUUAGAAUCUCAAGAUAGAAGCCUCUCCGGAGUGAGCUGGUCAGUGUCACUUUCUCAUUUGCGUUUCUAUGGAGAUCCAGUUGUAAUUGAGAAAUCAUCUGAAGACAGCGACCGGAUCACAGUUCAAGAGCUCCGCUACAUCACACUUGGAUGCGUAUUCGGGAGCUGGACUUGGCCAACGUCAAUCAAAGUUGAGGAAGCCGCAGAAUGCUUGGCGGCGCUCGGAGAGGCUCUUGAAUGCCAUAGAAGCCCAACCGUCGAGAAAGUUUAUGGUUCCUCUCUUGGAUGGAUCACUCUCCUCACUGACACAGCCAAGUGUUUCCUAUCUGCUGUUGACAAAGAGAGAGAGACGGCGCUUUAUUUCAUCGAGUUUGGGAGACGUCGAGGCCGAAAUUUCCUGGAUGAUGAAUUUCGAGAUGUUAUUCCUAUAUUUGGGCUCCUUAAUCCAUAUCUUCUGUUCAGACUUUCUCCCGACUUUAGCGCUCAACGGCAUGAUUGGGAAAGAUCUAUUAUCACGCUCCGCCGCCUCGCUCAGGAUACUAAGCUACAUCCCGACGAUUGCAUAAUCAUUGCUCAACCUUGUUUUCGUCUCCUCAAUGACCCAGUGAGCGAGAGAGAAGAUGGUUCUGAAGAAAGCGGUCUCACGAUGGAGACCAACGCUCUCUACAACGACAUAGUCGUUGGGUUCAUAUAA